AAGGUGGUGCGGGAGCUCCUCGCCUCACUGUGUGUCUUAAUUGGUUAUUAACUCCAUUUUAUUGGUUCUACGUGCGUCGCUAUGAGUGCAGACUGUCAUUUAGCCGAAGAUUUUGAUGGUCCAAGCCUUCUGUGUGAGGAGCUGGAAGAUUUGGAAACGAAUAACUCCCAAGAAGCAAACAGGAGGAGGGGAGAAGGAGACGAGGAGGUGUCUAAUCAGAGGGGUAAUGAAGAGACGAGAGAGGUGGCGGAGCGUGAAGAAACAAAUGGAAGGGAGGAGAGAAAAGAAAAUAAAGUUGUCGGAUCAAAGAAGGAACUGAUGGCGAGAGGAGACGAGGAGGAGCAGGGGAAGCCUGGGAGAUGCCUGGAAGAUGGGGAGUCACAGGAUGUGCAGACGGAGGGUAAAGAGGAGGAGGAGGCCAGCAAAGAAAUAAAUUCUGAUAAGAAAGAGACAAAAGUAACAAAGAAAGGUGAGCAGAAAAAGGGCAGGAAGAGGCGAGGUAAGAAGCAGAGUGAGCAGGUGAGAAACAGGCGAGCAGGAAAGGACGCCAACAAGAAGGCCGAGGAGGAAAAGAAAGGUGAGACGCAGGAAGUGUCUGUGAUGGUUUCAGAGGAGAACUUGGCUCUGUUGGAGCCCUCCGUCAGCCUGCUGAGCAACUGUGACUUAUCUGACCAGGUCUACUUAAGUUUUGGGGGGACAGAGCUGUAUUGCCCCCCAAUUCCGGCUCCCCUGCUGUACUCGCAGCCUCCCGCCUCCAUUCAACCUGCUGCUCCUCAGUCGCACAAGACAAAACGACCUCGCAGCCCCCCUCAACCUCACAGUCUCCCCCAGCAGAGCUCUCAGGCUCUUGAGAUGGAGAUAACUCAAGUCUACUCCACUCGACGCUCUGUUCGAUACAGCAAAAGAGGUCGAAGCCUCCCUCUGCUACCUGGGUCAGAGAACGUGGACCUGCUGCUGCCUGCCCCGAAGAAGAAAACACGCACCCUCUACAGUACAGACCAGCUGGAGCAUUUAGAGGCGUUGUUCCAGGAUGAUCACUACCCUGACGCUGACAAGAGGAAACUCAUCGCUGCGUCGGUCGGUGUCACCCCCCAAAGGAUUAUGGUGUGGUUUCAGAACCGCAGAGCGAAGUGGAGGAAAGUUCACUCCAUCACAGCAAAGGCUGAAUCCAUGCAGAGUAUCUGCAGUCCGAAUCACAACGCUCUGAACGCCCUCACGUGUUACAGGAAUGGACCACUGUCUUUUUCUGGUCACUUUGCUGCGACGCUGCCUCAACCUGCCCCAGCAGCUUCUUUCCCCACUCAGACCCCACCCUCCUUCAGCAGCCUGCUGGACACCCUCAACAGCCCAGGUCACUGCAGAGGGAGAGACGUGGGUCAGCAUCAGCUCUCGUCUCAGGGGAGUUUACCGGAGUUUCAUCCUCGUCCCAUGCACAGCCCUCCCCCUCUGCGACGAGCCAGCCUCCCCCUUUUUACCCCGGCGUACAACCCCAUCAGCCCCAACCCGCCUCUGCUCAACACCCCGGCCCACACCCCGCCGCUCUUCCUCGAUGCCCUGGAGAGUGGCUCCUCUUUGGCUCAUUGUGACUCCCAGUCUCUACAGACUGACACCAGCUCGCUCUUUGACUUUGCGGAGAAGCUCAACUACCAGACGUCCGGUCAGCAGAGCAGCACUCUCUCGUACCAGAUCUCGUACCCCACCGGCCAGCAGCAACCGUCUCUGCCCCACAUGACCUACCUGACUCCGUCUCCCUACCUCACCCCCAACCCUCCAGACUCCAACCCUACCACCUAUCUGACGUUUGGUCCUGGAGGAAACUCAUCCGGGGUGGUGACGUACUCCACGGGGGGUCAAACGUACUUCCCAUCUCAGCGUGCCGGACAAAUCCUGCUACAGUCAGCUGGUCACAACGGUGGGAUGCCAGUGUACCCAUCAUAUCCAUGGGGUAACUUGUACAGUCAGACCGCCGUGCACCAGCGUGCUCCUUCCACCUUCUCUGCCAGCUUGGUGUCUUCUCUAGACCACCAGGCGCCCUCCACCUCCAGCCUUCCUCUGCCUUCGUUUGUCCCGCAGGGCGAUCGUGGGUCGUCCCACUUGAACUUGCAGCACUCAUCGCACACUCGGACGCACACCGAGACCAGCACCACUCUGCGCACCCCCAGUCUCAGAGCAGAGACCACUCCAAACAAGGUUUCAUCGCUGCUGUCCUCUCCGGCUAAAGAAAGCCUAGCAGCGCCCCCUUGUGUUAAACUUGAGUAUGACAGUCCACGAGAGAUUCACAGCCACUUCCACUGUGAUUUCUCUCCCAUACAUUUUUGAGUUCAUCCUGUGUGUGUUUGGAUUAUUUGUAAAUAGGAU